GUAGCAUCCCCCUCUCCCAUUCAUCUGCCUCUCCCGGGCUGCCUUCCUUCAUGCUUAAGAUGCUGCAUGACCACAGCACACAUGUGUAAGCCUUGCACUUGUCACUCAACAGCAGAUGGGGCAGCUUUGAUGGGCAGCAUCGCUAUUGAAAAGCUCAACGAGUGAAACCGAUAGCAGCUGGUACUCGUGAAGGUCGGUAAUGGACAGUGGUAAACAAGAGGCUUUAAGGUGUGUUGAUGUGCCGUCAGUGUUUCUCACUGGUGUCCACCAGGCAUUCGCAGAGAAGAAGAAGAAGGUUGCUUUGGAGUUUCAUCAUAUGCGGGUCGUCAGAUGACUUGGCAGCAGCUGGUACAGUAGUGGUCAGCCAGAUGAAGAUGGGAGAGAUUGAGGACGGAGAAGUGGACCACAUUGCGGCCGAUAUUCAGGGCCAGAAGUGUGCACUGGUGUGUGAGACACUGCACGGAACAACAAAUGAUAAAGAUUACGGCCCUCUGAUGAGUGUUGUGUUCAAGAACCCGGUGUGUAAGGUGUACCGGUUCCAGACGGUGGACAGUAAGUGGAUGCUGGUGCGUGAGCAGAUGGGGGAGAGCACGCUGUCCUUCACCAUCCCAAAGCAGCUCAUUACUCUCCACAUCCAAGAGGACUCCAGGAGGAUACAAGAGCUAAAGGACCUUGGAGAGCUGUCACCGCACUGGGACAACCUGCGUCGAGAGGUCAUCACACGCUAUGACCAGGUCAUCAGAAGCUACCAAGAGACUCUGGAAGAGCUGGACAAGCUAACAGGACCCUCGUUUAAGCCCAGCUGCAGCAAAGCUCAGAGGUAUCUGGAGUUCAUCCCAAUCAACCUGCACACCCAGAGGAUGAGGGUCACCUGCCCCAGGAGAACAGAUGCCUUCUAUGACAUCAUCACAGUGGGGGCUCCGGCUGCGCACUUCCAGGGCUUCAAGAGUGGCGGGCUGCAGAGGCUACUGACCCGUUAUGAGAGCGAGAAGAAGAGCUACAGUACAGCGUACCAGUGUAUCUACUACUCUCCGGAGCAGACGGCUAGGGCGAGGGAUGUGCUGGGGAACCUGAGCGAGCUGCAGCCCCUCAUCUCCAGCCUGGCCGACCGGCUGCUGCAGGCUGCCCAGCAGCGCUCAGCCGAUGCCCUGAGGGACACCCUCAAGAGCCUCGCUGAGAAGACGGAGCAGUUUGUGCACGCUCUUAAGGAUGAGCUGGUGAAGAGUGCUCUGCUGGCCCUGCACGCCGCGAGGCCCGGUUAUGUCUCCAAGACCCAGACCCAGACCCAGAACCAGACGCCACUGCACCUGCGGCCCCAGACGCCCAGCCAUCCCGGCCAGAUGGGCCCGCAGCCAGACGCCGUCGUCUGCAACAAUGUGGACGGAGCGCAGACACCCACCAAAGAGGAGCCGCCGGCAGCGGCACCGCUGGAGCGCCAGAACUCCAUCCCACACCACAAAGAGUACGACGAGGAGGAGUGGGACAGGGUGUGGGCAAACGUGGCCAAGUGUCUGAACAGUGUGAUCGCCGUGGUGGACAAGCUGCAGGGGCAAGACAACAACAACCAGGAGUCCGCACCAGACCAGGCCCUCGCCGACGUCAUCACGUCACACAACCCCACGGGUGAGUGGCGUGAGCAGUUGUCUCCUCUGGUGGCGUCUCUGAAGGAGUGCGUGGCUGAGGUGGGUGACCGUGCCCAGAAGUCCAUGACCUUCGUCCUUCUCCAAGAGGUGGUGUGCAGCAUCCCACAGGGCCUCUUCCUCCAGCAAAGACGUGACGUAGUUUUCAGUCAGGCGCUGUCAUCAUUGGCAUGUGGCUUUGUGAUGCGGCUCUAUGCGGGGCUGGAAGAUAAGGGCUUCCUGCAGCAGCUGCACCUGGUUGGUCUGGUGGCCCAGUUCGAGAGCCUGCUCAGUACUUACAGUGAAGAGAUUGGAAUGCUAGAGGACAUGGAGACGGGAAUAUCUGACCUGCACAGAGUCACGUUCAGAAUCACAGAGGCCAAGUCUGACGAUCCCUCAGACCUACAGCCGGUUGUCAGUGGCAGGCGAGACCACUACACUGUGGAGGUGCCGUUGCCACGGCAGUCAUUCCAGAUCAUCCCGCCUGAGCUGCGGGAGGGGAAGCCACUACAGGUGUACCCAGUGCUCUUUAACGUGGGCAUCAACGAACAGCAGACCAUCGCUGAGAGGUUUGGUGACAUUUCUUUACAAGAGCGGAUAAACCAGAGGAAUUUUGAAAUUUUAGAUGGUUACUUCAAGACACUGAGUGCCAAAGUGCCAUCAGAAUGUCUGCCCUGCUUUCAGACACAGAUGGAUGUGAAAGAAUUACUUGAAACCCUUGGCCAGAACGUUGUUACUAAGAAGAGGAAGAAUGUGGAAAUUCUCUGGCUUGCUGGAACGAUCUGCCGACGACUGAACGGCAUUCGCUUCACCAGCUGCAAAAGUGCCAAAGACCGGACGUCCAUGUCUGUCACGCUGGAGCAAUGUGCCCUGCUAAGGGACGAACACCAGCUCAAUAAGGACUACUUCAUCCGGGCCCUGGACUGCAUGCGGAGAGAGGGAUGCCGAAUUGAAAAUGUCCAAAAGAAUAUUAAGUGCCGCAAGUAUGCAUUCAACAUCCUGCAGCUGAUGGCGUUCCCCAAGUGCUAUCGGCCUCCUGAGGGGACUUAUGGGAAGGUGGACUCCUGAGAUGUGGGCCCAGAGCUGCAUUCCUGUGUCACUGACCACAGCCUGUUAUGAGCCGUGUGGGUGGGUGUGGUGGAUGUACAUUUUCUAAUGGCUUAAUGCAUCUAACACCCACCAGCAGCCACUGUUUCUGGAUCACUUCGGUUUAAAUCAAUUAUGUAUAUAUCAUUUCUGUUGCUUUUUAGUGUAUGUCAUUUUUAGUGUAUUUGAUUGUCUCUACUUUGUUGUGUUUUUGUACAGUCUGGGUUUAUAUUUCAUUGCUUGUGUUUGAUGGUUUUUCUUGGCAAUGUUCUGAACCCAAUCCAUUUUUGAUUUCACAGUAAAAUCAUAUCUCCCCAAAAA